UACAUUGUAUCGAGGAGGGAAAGAGUGAGGGGGGACAGGGCAGGGUCCCCAUCCCUGGGCUGGCCAAUAGAUACAGUGAGGGUGCACUGUGUUACAUUGUAUCUCGCAGGGGCCUGGAGAAAUCCCAUCCCCAUCCCCAUCCCCAUCCCUGUCACCGUCAACAGAUAGGGAUACCGAGGACUCACUGGGCUGCAUUGUAUUGAGGAGACACCAGAGGAAGAUAGGGGCCUGGAUACAUCAUCACCCUCCCUCUCCACACACAUCCCAUCUUCCCUGGCCCUGGAAUACAGGCACCAAGUUGGGAAUGUGGCCUGCAACCUGGCAGCACUGAGAGCCAGCAACACCCAACCUGCACCGGAGCAGGAGUGCUGGGAAUACUGAGACCUGCACCCCAGGAGGUCAGGGAAUACCGAGGCCCGGCUGCUGCUGCUGGAGGACCAGGAAUACCGAGCCCUACCGGAGGACCAGGAGUACAGAGCCCGGCUGCUGGAGGACUGGGAAUACCGGGCCCGGCUGCUGGAGGAGUGGGAAUACUGACCCCCCCCCCUCUCCCCACACCAGGACAACUGGGAAUACUGAGCCCCACAUCCCAGAACUGGAAGUACUGAACCCAGCUGCUGGAGGAGGGCUGGGAUAUCUGGUUGCUGGAAAACUGGGAAUAUUGAACCUGACUGCUGUACGAAGAUUGGGAAUACUGAACUCCACCACCCUCCCCCAAAGAGGACAAGGAAUACUAAGACUGGCUGGAGGACUUGGAGUACUGAGUCCUGUUUUCCCCAUUGAUCCAGGACUGGGAAUAUUGUGCCCGUUUCCCGCAGCUGCAGGAUUGGGAUACCAAGCCCCAUUCCUACCAUUGGCUACCGACAGCUGAAGAUUGGGAGUAUUGAACUAAGAGAGGGAAGAUUUAGUUACAGGGGUGAGGCAAUUGUGUUAAUGUCAACGACAGGUCUGGGAAUACCAAGCUAAUCCUAACUGCAGGACUGGGAAUGCCACGUUAGGACAGGGAAUACUGAGCUAUUUGCUGGAUUGGAACUUGAAUGCUGAUCUUGACGAUGGGUCUGAGGAUAUUGAGCUAGUCCCAGCUGUAAGGACUGCCAAGAUCUGUGGAAGGACUGACACCAGGAGAAUUAUCCCAGCUCUCCGUGCUGGUGAUCUCAGGGACAGCAUCCGGGAAUUGCGAAGAUCUGGAAUCCUCCUGGUUGCCAGACAGUGAGAAUUGCAGGAGGGCGCACUGUCUGCAGUGUGGAGCAGGCCCGAAGUGAGGAACUAGGGCGAGGGAUUCUCUUGGAAGAGGAAACUAAGUAAAUGUACAACCAGGAAGAACCUCUGGUUGUAGCUGGGCCACCUUUUCCAAAAUCAUUCCCAAACUGGCCGUAAAUCCCAGUGUGGAAAGAGGAAAAGCAGGUGAGGGAGAUUGGAGGAUGAGGACUGAACUGUAGAAACCUUUGCGGAAUUUCGAACCGCCAGGAAAUCGGGAGCGCCGGAAUCUUCUGGAAUUUUGGGUCGCCCAGAAGUUGGGAAUCUCCAGUUUGGAAUUCUGAAAUCGCCUGGAAGCUGGGAAAGUUGAAACCCCUGUUUGGAAGUUUCGAACCACCAGGGAAUUGGGAGCGCUGGAAUCUUUUUCUUUUCCCCCCCCCUCUCUGGAAUUUCAAAUUGACGAGGGAAUUGGGAACGCCGGAGAGAAUAGGAGGUCGUCGCCGAUUUACCGCGGGAGAUAGUAGCAGCUGAGAGGCCGGCUUUGCGGAGAUUCCCGCCUUGCCCUCCCAGUUUGGGAUACUUCCCUGCGUCUCCACGCACCCUCCCCCCUCCCUCUCCACCCCGGAAGCUGGGAAUGGGAUCGGUCGGGGAGUGAGCAGUGGGCCCCCAAAGACCGUCUCUUCCCAGUGAGUGAGGGUGGGGAGGGAGGGGAGGGGAGGGAAGCUGCUGUCCAUCCUCCUCCGUGCGACUCCCUCAAUUUUCGGGGUUUCUGUUUUUUUUUGUUUGCUCGGGACGUUUCCGAUGGAGCCAAAAGUGACCUCGCCGGUGACUGCGGCAGAGAAGGUGGACGGUUUCAGCCGGAAAUCCGUGCGCCGGGCCCGGCAGCGCCGGUCGCAUGGUUCAUCCCAGUUCCGGUACCAGAGCAGUCAAGUGGAGCUGACCCCCCUGCCGCUCCUGAAAGAUGCCGCGGUGUCGGAUUUACACGACCUGUUCUGUAAGAAGCUGCAGCAGUGUUGUAUUGUCUUUGACUUCAUGGACUGUGUUGCUGACCUGAAGGGGAAGGAGAUCAAGCGAGCGGCCCUCAACGAGCUGGUCGAGAGCAUUGCUACAGGCCGUGGCUUACUCAUUGAACCCAUCUACCCCGAGGUCAUGAAGAUGAUCUCAGCCAACAUAUUCCGGACACUUCCACCGAGCGACAAUCCAGAGUUUGAUCCAGAGGAGGAUGAACCAAAUCUCGAGGCGUCCUGGCCCCAUUUACAGCUGGUUUAUGAAUUUUUCCUGCGGUUUCUGGAGAGCCCAGAUUUCCAACCGGCAAUCGCCAAGCGAUACAUCGACCAGAGAUUCGUGCUCCAGCUGCUGGAGCUGUUUGACAGCGAGGAUCCCCGGGAGCGGGAUUUCCUGAAGACGGUUCUCCACCGGGUCUACGGCAAGUUCCUGGGGCUGCGAGCGUUCAUCCGCAAACAGAUCACUAAUAUAUUUUUAUGGUUUAUAUAUGAAUCUGAACAUUUCAAUGGAGUGGCCGAGCUGCUGGAGAUCCUGGGGAGGUGA